UUGGGAGUUAAUUUUUGGUUGCAGUGUGUGGAUCGAUUUCAAUCGUGACAGUGUGGGACGUGGGUCGAUUUCAUUCAGCAAGAAUCGUGACUGAGUUGAGUUCAAAGGUAUGAGUGGGUUUACAUUCAUUACUUUAAAGUUUUAUCAUGGUGGGGCCUUGUUGUAUGAAGGUGAUAAAGCAAGAUAUGUGGGUGGGUUAGUGAGUGAAUAUUAUGAUAUUGAUGUGGAUACAAUAUCAUACUUUGAGAUUAAGGACUAUAUUAAAGAACUAGGGUAUAGUCCAAAUUGUAAAUUUAGUGUCCGGCCACCUAAUAGUUGCAUUUUAGGAGAUAUUGACAAUGAUGAUAUUCUCUUAGCAAUGUGUAAUUGUUUGCAAAGUGGUUCUGUUUUGGAAGUAUAUGUCCACAUGCCUGGUGAGGAUUCUGGUGCAACUUUUAAUAAAUUUGGGACCACUGAGGAUAGUGGAUAUAAUCAAGGUGAGGCUGCUUAUAAUGGGGUAGAUAUAACUAUAAAUACUACCUCAAAUAUUCCUUCUACUUCAAACCCAACAGCUCUAAAUAGUGAUCCAUCAGAUUCUGAAGAUAGUGAAUACUCUGUAAAAGAAUCUGAUGAGUCAACUGAAGAGAGUGAUGAUUCUGAAGAUAGUGAUGAUCAAUAUGGAAGUGAUGUUCAUGAGGAGUUAAUUCAACUGAGGGCUGAGAAAAGAUCUUUUCCGAGGAGGAAAAAAAGAAGGGAAAAAAUUCCUGCAGAUACUGAAGAAGUAGCAUGUGGUAAUGCUAAAGCAGAUCUUGGGUUUGAUGAGACAGCUAUCAAUAGCUGUACUUUAGAAGGAAGAUGA